AUGGAUAAGAAUAGCAUGCUUUACGAUAAGAAUGUACGGGAGAAGCACAAAAAUGCAUUAGCCUAUUAUGGUAAAGAUAAAAAUACAAAUAAGCAAAAACCCAUGUUCUGGAAGAUAUUUAUGUUGUCAUUUCUCUCGUAUAAACUGCUUUUGGAGAUUUCUCUGUUGUUCGCAGAUCCUAGUAUUGAUAUGGAGAGGUUAAGAAAUGAACUUACGAGUCUAAGGGAAAGAAAGAUGGUUUUGUCAGGCAUUGAGCAAGCACAAACGCUAAAAGAAAAGUUUGAGGUUCACAUAAGAGAUAAUGUGAUGCAUGACACAGUAGGCGAUACUGAGUAUGAAGAGAAGGGGUGCGAGGUGGGAGAUGACACUGGGCGUGGAGAGAACGGACGCGAGGUGGGAGUUGAUACGAGGAGUCUAGGGAAUAAUGGAAAUAGCAGGAAACUUAGGAAAUGUAAUGAUAGGGAAAAAAAUAGUGAGAGAAAAAGCGUGGUGAUGGGGCCGAGAAAUAAUGAUCAGGAAAGAAUGAGAAUGGCGACUUAUUGCUUAAAGUGUCUGGGUAAACGAAAACGGGAUGAGACUGAGCAAAGAGGUAUUACGUGCGAGGGAGAACCAAUGCGUAAAAGAAUACGACUAAAUAGCACAUAUGUUAAGAAGGUGAAAGAAAAGCGUGCAACAAAUUCAAUUUACAUAAAAUCUCUGAAAAGGCGUUCUUUUCUAAGCUAUGCAGAUGCUAUGCCAAGUGGUGAUUAUGAUAACCAAGACAAUAAUACACAAGGUGCUGGUUUUUGGUCAGGUUUAAAAAACAUGUUUAACGAUAAGAUCCUCAAAAAUGGCCAGCGAUUCGUUGAUCGUAUGUUGGGUAGGAAUCAAAAUCAAGAUUUACAGAUCAAUGCUACGGGCACAGGAAAUGCUCGGACCGAUGCUGGGGAGGAUUUACAUAGUGAUGUCGAGGGCGAUGAAGAUUUUUAUAGUUAUACCGAUGACACUGGCAGUGUACGGACCGAUGUCGAGGAGGGUUCACAGGCCAAUGCCGAUGACACUGGCAGUGUACGGACCGAUGUCGAGGAGGGUUCACAGGCCAAUGCCGAUGACACUGGCAGUGUACGGACCGAUGUCGAGGAGGGUUCACAGGCCAAUGCCGAUGACACUGGCAGUGUACGGACCGAUGUCGAGGAGGAUUUACAGACCAAUGCCGAUGACACUGGCAGUGUAUUGACCGAUGUCGAGGAGGGUUCACAGGCCAAUGCCGAUGACACUGGCAGUAUACGGACCGAUGCUGGGGAUACACAUCCAGCACACGGUUUCAAUGUGGCUGUUAGAGCAUCAUCGCAAGCAACAGAACAUAGCAUUGCAUCAACGAAAAAGUCGUUUAUGGAAAAUGGUUAUGCGACUGUCAGUAUAUAUUGCUCGUCAGCCAUGAAAUGGAUAGGUAAUAGCUUCUGGGGAAUGAUGGGUUAUGGAUCCUCAGAAGGUCAAAGAGAUGGCUCAGCAAACGCAACGACUCAUGAUGAUCGAGCGAAUAUACCAUUAGCUAGCAUUUCACCUUCUGGCCUAACUGAUGAUCUAACGGACGGUUCAUCAGCAGGACUCUUGGUUUCUACACACUCAAUCAACAAUCCCAAUUUAUCACGCAACUCGCUGGAUAAUUCAAUUGAUGCAGAUGGGUGUUCAGACACAACAAAGGACAGAUUUACAAGAUGGCUUAAUUUUGAAAACGAAACGCCUCAAACAACCCAUACUAACACGCCAACAGAAGAAUACGAUUUUUCAUUUGAAGACAGAGCAAAUUUAGCGGGUGACUUACCAGUUCAAAGGGAUGUGUCUGCGAAUGCGAUACAUCCCGGUGUUUUUCAUCCCCAUGAUAUGCGUAGUACAGGAUUGCCGGCUGAUCAUAGUUUGUUGGACUCAUGUGGUACUUGUAUUGCAUCAGAUGAUCAGUCGUUGAAUGAUUCGGUGUUCGAACAUGAGAUGAGUACGCCAGACACUUUAAGUACAUGCUGUACGCCUAGAAGUCUAGAAGAUUCGGAAAGGAUUGCAGACACAGACUUCCAAGCAGAACCACUUACCGAGAUUGCUGAUAACAAUUCAUCCAAAUCAGAGGAUUCUUCUAAUAAUUACUGCCGGCUAAAGCGGAAUCAUUCACUCAAUGAUAGAAUGCUCUCACGACAAAUAUCGACGCAAUCACAGAUUAAGCAGCCGGAGCCUCCUUUGAACGUUUCACAUUCCAAAUCAGAGCAUUCCGCAAAUUCUCGUCCUCCUAUACUGCCUUUAAUUACUAUGGGCGGUAGUGGCAGUGGCGGGGGAAGUAGCGACAGUGGUGGUGGUACUAUAAGCGGUGGUGGUGGCGGAAGUAACGGCGGUGGUGGUGGCGGCAGUGGUGGCAUCGACAAUAACAAAGCACCAGAUCCGGAAAAUACCGACCAAAAUGAUGAUAGAUCAUCUCAUAAAAGCAUGAGCGUAGUCACAAGGAUACUUCUCUGUGUUGUGCUUCUUAUUCUCAUCGCGCUGGCAAUCACCGCCUUUUACUACGGUUUCAAGUGGUAAGAACUCGUCAGAUACAGUGCUGAAGAUGAACUCCUUCAAGAACGAAUGUUGUUGUUUAUGCGUUACGCGACGUGCAUAUAAUAAUAUGGCGUGUUCCUCUUUAUGCAAAUAGCUUGGUGCGUGAUCAGUAUCGCUAUUAUUGCUGCUACAGUGCUGAGUAUGAUAUAGUGUUAAUUUAUGAAAUGGUUUUAAUUCUGGUUGCAGAGUAAAUAAAAUAGUAUG